CUGUCCCUCAUCUAAUGGCAGACAGCAAUGUAGUGUGCUGUCAACCCACAGCUCUCUGCGUCCUCCCCCAUAGAGGACACUGUCCCUCAUCUAAUGGCAGACAGCAAUGUAGUGUGCUGUCAACCCACAGCUCUCUGCGUCCUCCCCCAUAGAGGACACUGUCCCUCAUCUAAUGGCAGACAGCAAUGUAGUGUGCUGUCAACCCACAGCUCUCUGCGUCCUCCCCCAUAGAGGACACUGUCCCUCAUCUAAUGGCAGACAGCAAUGUAGUGUGCUGUCAACCCACAGCUCUCUGCGUCCUCCCCCAACAGGACGGGUAGCCUACUCUCAUCAGAGAGGUCUUCAAUGUAGUGCGCUGUCAACCCACAGCUCUCUGCGUCCUCCCCCAACAGGACGGGCAGCCUACUCUCAUCAGAGAGGUCUUCAAUGUAGUGCGCUGUCAACCCACAGCUCUCUGCGUCCUCCCCCAACAGGACGGGCAGCCUACUCUCAUCAGAGAGGUCUUCAAUGUAGUGCGCUGUCAACCCACAGCUCUCUGCGUCCUCCCCCAACAGGACGGGCAGCCUACUCUCAUCAGAGAGGUCUUCAAUGUAGUGCGCUGUCAACCCACAGCUCUCUGCGUCCUCCCCCAACAGGACGGGCAGCCUACUCUCAUCAGAGAGGUCUUCAAUGUAGUGCGCUGUCAACCCACAGCUCUCUGCGUCCUCCCCCAACAGGACGGGUAGCCUACUCUCAUCAGAGAUGUCUUCAAUGUAGUGCGCUGUCAACCCACAGCUCUCUGCGUCCUCCCCCAACAGGACGGGCAGCCUACUCUCAUCAGAGAGGUCUUCAAUGUAGUGCGCUGUCAACCCACAGCUCUCUGCGUCCUCCCCCAACAGGACGGGCAGCCUACUCUCAUCAGAGAGGUCUUCAAUGUAGUGCGCUGUCAACCCACAGCUCUCUGCGUCCUCCCCCAACAGGACGGGCAGCCUACUCUCAUCAGAGAGGUCUUCAAUGUAGUGCGCUGUCAACCCACAGCUCUCUGCGUCCUCCCCCAACAGGACGGGCAGCCUACUCUCAUCAGAGAGGUCUUCAAUGUAGUGCGCUGUCAACCCACAGCUCUCUGCGUCCUCCCCCAACAGGACGGGCAGCCUACUCUCAUCAGAGAGGUCUUCAAUGUAGUGCGCUGUCAACCCACAGCUCUCUGCGUCCUCCCCCAACAGGACGGGCAGCCUACUCUCAUCAGAGAGGUCUUCAAUGUAGUGCGCUGUCAACCCACAGCUCUCUGCGUCCUCCCCCAACAGGACGGGCAGCCUACUCUCAUCAGAGAGGUCUUCAACGUAGUGCGCUGUCAACCCACAGCUCUCUGCGUCCUCCCCCAACAGGACGGGUAGCCUGUUCCCAUCAGAGAGGUCUUUGAAACCUUGAAUAAGGUUUUCAAAUUUGAGGAAAUGACACUCUAAUUGUUUUAUAUUUUUGACGUUUUGUCAGGAAAUGCAGCUCUGUCUCAGGUUCUGCUGUUGUACAGUGGUUGCACAGCCUUUCCUCUACAGGG